UAGAGACGAAAGCUUAUGGAUGUUUGUAGGGGCUUCAUAGAACAGAGGGUCGCCAGGUACUCUGAGCUCUCCGUUUGAGACUGAGCUAUUUUGUGACCCGGGCCCUCUGUCAAGCUGACUCUCGGCACGGGUCGAAUGACAUCUUAGUCCGGAACGGGACGCCCAACUACCAUUUGCCAGCAUCCUGCAACGUGCAAUUAGCAUACGUUCAUUUGAUAAAUGGAGUGUGUUCUUAUCUUAUCUCGUUUUAUUUCCAAGCUGCCAAACGUUUUACAAAAACCCAUUUAACUUGGAACUCACUGAAGCUGGUUAAGAUAGUGUGAAUUUUAACCACUAAUUCUUUUAUAAAGACUGAUAAGAUUAAAGAAAAUGCUGAAUAAUAAUAAUAAUAAUCUAAUUUAACGUGACACAAUUAUAUUCUCAUUUAUUCGCAUUCAACGAAUUUAUUAUUCUUUUUGCUUACAGAAAUACUGCUGCAGAAAUACUCUUGGCAUUAAUAAAAAAUAUUUUAAUAAUUGGCAUUUAUACAUCAUCUUAUCACCCACAUACUCGUGUUAAGAUAGGGUGAGAUAAGACAGUUGAUGAAGGUCUUCUUUUACUGGAAGUUUUUGAAGUUCCCUUCCGCUAUAUAUACCGUCUUUCCCAUCUCCGACGGACAGAAGUACUUUUGAUUUCGACCGAAAAGAAACGCCCAACAAUGCAGGGACUGCCAACAACUUACGAUGCGAGGGACCGUAUCUGGAGUGGAGCCAAGCGGGCCAACACCUACACCGAUGAGACAUCCAUUGGUAGUGUAAUUUGCAAAGGGAUGAGGAACUGGCCCAGAAACGUUUGUCAGAUAAACGAUGUGGAUGGUGUGGAAAUGACCUUUGGGCAGGGAAUCACUUGGGCCAUUCGGAUUGCCCAGAUCCUGAAGAAAAAAGGACUCAAGCAUCCAGAUGUAAUUGGGAUUGCGGCCAAAAACUCAACAUACGUAACUCCUGUAGCUGUGGCCUGCCUUUUAAAUGGAACACCCUUCCACGCGGUUAAUCCCGUGUCGGACGAAGCCACUUUGACACACAUUUUCUCGAUAACCAAACCAACUGUGAUUUUCUGCGAUGGUCAGGACCACGAGAAACUCCGUGUUGCAGCUAAAGGAUGGCAGCCAGAGAUUUUCACGAUUACUGACUCUGUUGAAGGAGUGCCCCAUAUCGAUACCUUUCUGGAGCCAACUACCACAGAAAUGUUUUACCAGCCAGAACCUCUGAGGGAAGGAGGUAAACAGACCGUGGCCAUCCUCUGCUCUUCGGGAACCACUGGCUUACCCAAGGCUGUCUGCAUUUCCAACAGAGCUCUCUUCUCGGCCACCGAUAUGAUGAACAGCGAAGUGGUCGUAUUUGCCGCUAGUAGUCUGGAUUGGUACAGUGGCCUAAGGUUAUUUACCUGGAGCACUGUGGUGGGCUGCACCCGGAUUAUAACUAACAAACCAUUUUCACCGAAAUACUUUGUAAAGCUUGUUGAAAAGUACAGGAUCAACACAGUUAUAUUGCCUCCUCGCCAUAUGUCUAGUCUGAUCGCAUUUCCCGGGGCGACGAAAGAAGCCUUGGCGUCCCUUCGCAGCGUGACGUAUGCAGGCGGAUUCACGUCCAUGACCACAUUGAAGAAAAUGCAAGAGCUCUGUCCAAAUGCAAAGUUGGUUUCAGUAUACGCAUUGACUGAGGUAGGAGUUGUAUCCCAUAAUAUCGGACUCGGAAACGUCAACACUGCAGGCAAGCUGCGUUCGGGCAUAAAGAUUCGGAUCGUGGACGAUGAUGGCAAGAGCCUGGGUUACAACGAGCAGGGAGAGAUCUAUGUGCACACGGGCCUUCCCUGGAAAGGAUACUAUGGUAACCCAGUGGAGACUCAACGAACUCAGGACGACAAAGGAUGGGUUCAUACCGGCGAUCUAGGCUACUUCGAUGAGCAGAACCAGCUCUAUGUGGUGGACCGCAAAAAGGAGGUCCUCAAGUACCAGGGAAUCCACUACUGGCCCUCUGAGAUCGAGGGCGUCAUCUCAGAGUUGCCUAACGUGGAGGAAGUUUGCGUCAUCAGCAUCUAUGAUGAGCAGCAGGGCGAUGCUGCUGGUGCACUGGUGGUGAAGCGUAGUGGUUCCUCAAUUACCGCCAAGGAGAUUUCUGAUCAUGUGGCCAGGAGGCUUCCCUCCAUUCAAAAGCAGCUUCAUGCUGGCGUCCAGUUUACGGAUAAGCUACCAGCCAAUCCAAAUGGAAAGACACUUCGACGAGUGGCGCAAGAGGAAUUCGUUGCGAGAAAGGGUUCUAGGAAAUAAGAAUUCAAUAACACACCUGGUAAAAUUCAAAUAUUCCGGUUUAUACCGAGUCGCGAGAAUUCAAAGUCGUCGUAUAAGUGAAGUGAUACAAAUGAGAAUUUAGAUGAUCUUCUUCUUUGUUUCUUUCUUUCAUACUUAAUAAUAAACUUGGACAAUCAUGUUAUUUAUUUAAAAUCUAGCGGAUUGCUUUCUUUAUUAGCAAUGUAAUUAAAUUUGUAUUAUGUAUGGAUAGAGGUAUUUUGACAAUAAAAACUAAUUUUUUCUAAUUAAAACUAGGCACGCCAAACACAUUAACGAGUGUGGUUUUGAAGGUAUGAUAUAUUAUAUUAUAUAUGGCUAGGCGGCUGAGAGUUAGCUGUUUUAUAUUGGUGCGAAUUUAAUUAAACGUAUUUUAUUUUCCAAAAAUUUGAUCGAUUCUAAUCAAGAAUAUAUAUAGUUUAUAUGGUCGGAAACGUUUCCUUCUACACGAUACAUAAUUUUCAACAAAUCGCGUAAAAUUAAUAAUUUCUACAUACAAACUUAUUUUAAUAGGUAAGCUCUUAAACUUUAACCAUUUCAAGUGAUUCGCACAAUGGUAGGGUGUUGAAAAACUGAAUAAUACUUAAAAAAAUACUUAAAUAAUAUUUAAUAGUUCGUUCGACGGCAGAAAUAUAUUUGUGUUUUAUUGGUGUGUUUUAAAUUAAAUGCGUCUUUAGAAACUGCUAUAAAUUUAAAAAAAUGAGACUGCCUGAUUUAGUGCUUAGUGCGAUAUUGUACAGAGUGAACGUAUUUACUUCAUCUUUCUUUUAACACUACCAAAUCGAACUUUACAAUGCUUAUCACCCGAGGCUCGUUUUUGAAGCUAAUUUUUUUGAUGGUUUGUGUGGGCAUGGCAUCCUCAAAAGAAAAAGACUGUCCUGAAGGUUUUAAACGCCAUAAUCGUUUUUGCACUUUUCAUUACAAAUUAUAAAAAAUUGAUUACACUAAAUAAAUAAUUUCUGAACAUUUA